AUGGGAUACGCCAUGGCGAAGAACAUCCGCAAAAGGAUGUCGCCGACAGGCACUCUAUACAUAUUUGAUGUCAUUCGCUCGGCAUGUGAGCGGUUCUGCAAUGAAAUGCAAGCCGGCGGUCCUGUCGUAAUUGCAGCCUCGCCCAGGGCGGCCGCUGAAGUAUCCGACACUGUCAUUUCCAUUGUCCCUGGCGCCGACCAAGUGCGACAAGUGUAUCUCGAUGCCGCAACAGGCGUCAUUGCCGCGCGAAGGAACCCCGAGCGGCUGCUUCUUGAGUGCAGUACUAUCGACUCGAAAUCGACUCAAGCUAUGGGGGAGGCGCUCCUGGUCCAGGGAGCGGGGACAUAUGUCGACACCCCUGUCUCGGGGGGAGUCCCAGGUGCAGAGUCAGGAACAUUGUCUUUCCUAAUCGGACACUGCAAACCCUCCGAUACGGACCGCGUCUCGCAGCGACUGGAUCAGGUCGCAUCAAUGAUGGGCGACCCUAAGAAGUUCUUCUACUGCGGCCGCCUGGGUGCAGGACUAGCGGCGAAAAUCAGUAACAAUUAUCUCUCCUGUUCCAUCUUGCUGGCCGUGGCCGAGGCCAUGGCGAUUGGGACGAGGUCGGGGGUUGAUGAAAAGCUCCUGCACGAGGUAAUUCACCAUUCAACUGGGCAGAACUUCAUGGCCGAUAAUGUGCAGCCCGUUCCGGGAGUUGUGCCUCAUGCCCCCAGUAGCAACAACUAUAGAUUGGGGUUCAAGACGCAGAUGAUGAUAAAGGAUCUGGGGUUGGGUGUGCAAGCUGGAUAUGCGACGGGGAUCAAGCCAACCAUUGCAGAGGCUGCUCUUAAUGUGUACGAGAAGGCGGCUGUUGAUCCGCAGUGCAUUGAUCGCGACGGAUCGUCCGUUUAUCUUCAUAUCACAGAUCCCGCUCGGCAGGGUACUGAAUAG